AUGUACGAGCCUACUACUGCUCUGUCUCUGCACCGUCUGAGCCGGCAAAGCCUUCAGAAGCGUUACGAAUCAGAUGAAGAAGAUGUUUCCGAAUCGGACGCUGGCGGCCACGACUUUAUCCCACCUUUGACAGGCUCUCAGCGAGCCGGGACGUUCGACUCUGAUAUCAGUGCCGACGAGAACUCGCAUGAUGAUCCCGACUCUGACCGAGAGGAGCAGUUGCUGGCACCAUAUCGUGGAGCUAAGCGACAACGCCCCGUCUCCAUGGACACCGUGAAGCGAAACAGCGAUGUUAGUUUCGUGGAGGAUGCCUACGUUUUCGACCCUGAAGAAGACCUGGUAUUGGAACUGCCUUCUCCAGAUAGUCCUGCUCCGCUUGCAUCGAGUCUCUUCUUGCAGCCCACAAUCUAUGUCUCCCCUAAUACUCCCCCGACCACGACCAACGUUCGGUCUCGCUCAUCCUCGCCAUCGUCUAUCUUCUCUGUGGAAAACGCGGAGAUCCAGAUUGCCAAGAAGAUCACUAUGAUGGAGCCACCAGCUCGACCAACCUUGGUGUUCAUCAACUCUCUAGGCUCGCGCUCUAAGAACUCCAGAUCUCGACUCAACCGGUCUCGCACAAGGGGAAACCCUCGAGACCGCGAGUCCCGUAUAUUCGAUGGAAGAUUCGAAAACGGGCUCGAGGUCCCACGGCUGACCGAGAUCAAGACUUCAUCAAAUGACACCGAGAAUUCCGAGUCUUCUUCAGAUGAAUCUACAUGCACGACACCUGCUAUGCCCAUUACAGACGACGACACGCCCCGUCCUCUCCAAAGCGCAACCAUCAACCGCGUCUCCGAGAUUCCAGUGGUCCCAUUCCUACCCCCAUCCCCACGCAUCAGGCCACAAUCAAUGUACCGCCCACGACCACGCACUUCCGGUGCCGAGAAGUCCUUCCCAGCCAUGCCUAACGCACGACCACGACGCCCCACGGAACCAGGCCGUCGACCAGCCUCCAUCCGCAGCAACAGCAACAGCAGUGUACCCUCCUUUGCAUCUCGCCCAGCCUCCCCCUUCCCAUCAGAUCUGGGCUAUAUCCCAGAUCACUACAGCGAAGCCGGAUCCCUUCUUUCUCGCACCUGCAGCCCAGUCUCCUACGCCUCCUCCCCACCACCCACCCACCAGCCCCCGACUCAGUCCCAGCCCCCGAAACGCGGCCACACCAGCUCAAAGCACAGCGUAUCCAACAUCCUCUCCCAACGAUCCCCAAUGAUGCGCCGCAUGACACGCAAGCACUCGGAAACUUCCAGCAUCCACUCCAUGAGCAGUCUCCGCUCGGAAAUGGAUGCCGCGAACAGUCUAACUUCUGCACCUCCCAUGCCCGCCUCGGGGAGUCAGAGCCAGAUGCCCCUGACAGCGAUGAACUAUGAUUCCCAUCUUGUCCGCAAAACGAGCCAACGCCGCCAUGCAAGGCAUAAUAGUGCUGCACCCGGUGGACGGAAGUUCAUGGGCUUGAAGCUGGGCAAAAAGUCUUUUACAAAGGCCUAA